CUCCGCCCCCGCCAUCGCUCUGCAUUCCUGAGUGGCGGCGGCGACCCGCGAGCGUCGGACACGGGGACCGGAGGGCGCGUGGACGCGCAGCACGCGCGCUCGCUGGCUCACGCACGCACUCGCUCGCGCACGCACGCAGGCAGGCGCCGGCAGCGGACGGCGCGGACACGGCGGAGGUCGGAGGGCGGCAUGGGGUGUGCGAGCAGUGCGCCCAUACUGGCGCCGCAGAACGGCGACGCGGUAUCUGCGCCCGCGGAGCUCAAGGAGGCGGCCGAGAAGCUGGAUAUGGGCGCGGACGCGGGCCUCGCGCGCCUGCACGACGCGGAAGAGCAAGCCAAAAGUGAAGCGAGAAAAUUAGCGGAAGAAGCUGAAGAUAAAUUGAAUGAAUUGAAAGAAGCCGGUAAAGAAAAAGUGGUAGAAACCGUAGAAAGUGUUCAGGAUACAGUUGACACAGCCACAUCUGAAGCACAAAGUAAAAUAGAGGAAACAAAGGAUAAAAUUACUGACAUGAUAAAUCCAUCUUCUGAGGGCGAUACUACCGCGGAAGAUAGGGAAGAAGCUGCUGAGCCUCAAGAAGUUGAGGCGCAAGAUGAAGAAGAAGCAGACAAUGGCGAAGACGCUGCUAAUGCCGACCCACCCAAAGAGGAACCACCAGAGAAAGGUGAUAAAUCUGGUGGAGAAGACGCUGUUGCGAAUGAAGAGGGCGGUGAAACACAAGAAGCAUCGGAGGAACCUACCAGUGAUGUAAAAGACGAUGUUUCUGAGGAACCUGUAAAUGAUGCUGAAGAUGGAAGUGGCUUAUCUACUGAAGCUCAAUCACCUGAUGAAAAUCUUGAAGAUAUUGAAGCAUCGACAGAAGACGAUCAGGAUGCUCCUGUUUCAAAUGAAGACGAAAGCAAUGAUAAGAAAGAGGAAGACAUUGAUGAGAAUGAGACAAAUGAAAAAGAAGCUUCAGGAGAAGAGAAAUAAAUAUUCUUACAGUUCUUCUUUUCUUUUUUUUCUUUUGUUGUUGUUAUAAUCGACAUUUUGUUCUACAUCAAUCAUGUAC